GAGACUACAGGAAGAGAACGCGUAGAAGAAGAGUCGUCCCUUAUAGCGGGAUGAGAGAAACAGCGUGCUGCUAAACAUCUGAUCUAAACAUCAAAUACAGACUUCAUCAGCCAGAAUCACCAGCACAGACCAGCACCAGCAUCACUACAGCUCCAGGAGAGGCUGAGAGGACUCUGAAGGGAAGAUGUCUCUGGUUUGUUCCAUCUCCAACGAGGUGCCGGAGCACCCGGUGGUGUCUCCGGUGUCCAGCCAGGUGUUCGAGAGGAGACUCAUCGAGAAGUACAUCGCGGAGAAUGGAACCGACCCGAUGAACGGACAGCCGCUGUCUGAGGAGCAGCUGGUCGAUAUCAAAGUGUCCCAUCCUAUCAGACCAAAGGCUCCAUCAGCAACAAGCAUUCCUGCCAUUCUCAAGUCCCUUCAAGACGAGUGGGAUGCUGUUAUGCUUCACAGCUUCACCCUGCGGCAACAGCUGCAAACUACUCGCCAAGAACUGUCCCACGCACUCUACCAACACGAUGCCGCCUGCAGAGUCAUCGCUCGACUCACCAAAGAGGUCACCGCUGCGAGAGAAGCUCUUGCCACACUCAAACCCCAGGCUGGACUGGUUGCCCCUCAGGCAGUCCCCGCCUCUCAGCCAGCUGCAGCAGGUGCUGGUGGAGAGCCCAUGGAGGUUAGUGAACAGGUGGGAAUGACCCCAGAGAUCAUCCAAAAGCUCCAAGACAAAGCUACUAUCCUCACGACAGAAAGAAAGAAGAGAGGAAAAACUGUCCCAGAGGAGCUCGUUAGAGCUGAGGACCUCAGCAAAUACCGCCAAGUGGCCACGCAUGCUGGUCUUCAUAGUGCCAGUGUGCCUGGUAUUCUGGCUCUGGAUCUGUGUCCCUCAGACACCAACAAAGUCCUCACUGGUGGAGCUGAUAAGAACGUGGUGGUGUUUGACAAGAACGAGGAGCAGAUUGUGGCAACACUUAAGGGUCACACCAAGAAGGUCACCUCUGUCAUUUACCAUCCAUCCCAGUCCGUGGUCUUCUCUGCGUCUCCAGACAACACCAUCCGUGUGUGGUCCGUUACCGGGGGAAACUGCGUCCAGGUGAUUCGUGCCCACGAGGCAGGCGUCACUGGACUCUCCCUACACGCUACUGGGGACUACCUGCUCAGCUCCUCUGAGGAUCAGUACUGGGCCUUUUCUGACAUUCAGACUGGAAGAGUCCUCACCAAAGUUACUGAUGAAAGUGCUGGCUGUGCUCUCACCUGUGCUCAGUUCCACCCUGAUGGUCUCAUUUUUGGCACUGGGACGGCUGAUUCCCAAAUCAAGAUCUGGGAUCUGAAGGAGCGCACCAACGUGGCCAACUUCCCGGGCCACUCUGGCCCCGUCACCUCCAUUGCUUUCUCUGAGAACGGAUACUAUCUGGCCACAGGUGCCCAGGAUAGCUCUCUGAAACUGUGGGAUCUGAGGAAACUGAAGAACUUCAAGACCAUCACUCUGGAUAACAACUAUGAGGUGAAGUCCCUCGUGUUUGACCAGAGUGGUACCUACCUGGCUGUCGGAGGGUCUGACAUCCGUGUCUACAUCUGCAAGCAGUGGUCUGAGGUCCUCAAUUUCACAGACCAUUCAGGAUUGGUGACUGGAGUGGCCUUUGGAGAGAACGCUCAGUUCCUGACCUCGGCAGGGAUGGACAGAAGUCUCAAAUUUUACAGUUUGUAGAAAAAUGUGAAAGUCAGGAUGAAGGGAGGAGGACAACUUAGAGGAAGUUAAAAUGGUCUCUAUGUCUGAGCAGUUACUAUCCUGAACACAGACCUGUAAUUCUUAGAAAAAGAAGAGAGAAAAAUCACCGCUAACUUGCUUCAUUAGUGCGUUAGUCCUCGUGUCUGAGAAUGAGAGCCCAUGAAAUUGUCUGCUAUAUGAAACCACAGCAGCAUGGUUGGGAUAACAUUGUACGUCUGACAUGUGAAUGAUGUGAAAUGAGAUGCAGAAGCCAGUGAAAUGUUCCUGUCUGAUUUGCCAGCAAUUAUUAUUUUACUGUAGUAUUUUUUUCUUUCUUUGUGUGUGUGUGUGGAUGGGGAGUCUAAAGUUGCUUGUAAUACAACUCCAACAGUGUUGUAGUACACUGUCGGGGACUAUUAAUUGGUGUGACAACAAUCUGCUUUGCUUCUUAAUGUAGACCUUCCUUCAUUACAGUAUCUUUAGGGCGAGAUGAAAAUAAAUCUGUAGUGAAUGUCCAGUACAAAAAUAAGCAGAAACAAUAGAACAGGUGUACGAGAUUCAUGUUCGACUUGUUUAACUUCCCUUCGGUUUAACUUCCUGUUUCAAUUGGUCCAUUUAAAACUUUUUUUUUUUUUCCAAUUGUAUAUUUCUCAUUACUUGCUAUUUUACCUGUUGCAACUUUGCCCUUUUACAAUAAAAUAAAAUAUCUUUUGUAUUGCCA